UUACUCAUAAAUGUUAAAAAAGAUACAAGGAUACGAAGGGAAAGGAGAGAAAAGCAGACAUCCAAAAUGAAUGUUGAGGUCUCCUCCACCUCCGGUUUCCGUUGUUAUUCCGGACUAUUUGCCAAAUCACCACUCGCUUUAUCUCAAGAUCAAUUCAGCCGCUGCCGAGCUUCAUGGCAAGAGCUUGCUGGAGUAGUAGUUUUCUCAGCUAUUCCUUUCACUGCUGUUAAAGCCAUCGCCAACAGUCCCCUCGGGGAGACACUUCAGAGACGAAUGCAGGAGAAAAAGCAAGCUGCUCUUCAAAAUGCUUCACUCUAUAAAGCACUCGCAGAAAAUGCAAAAAAGGACAGCUUUUGGUAUGGAGAAGAAAGGCCUCGGUGGCUUGGCCCCAUCCCAUUUGACUAUCCUACCUAUCUUGACGGUGAUCUACCUGGUGAUUACGGGUUUGAUAUUGCAGGCCUCAGUCAAGAUCCUGUAGCUUUCAAGAGAUACUACAAUUUUGAAAUUUUGCAUGCACGUUGGGCUAUGCUUGCUGCAUUGGGUGCUCUCAUUCCAGAGCUAUUAGACCUUGUUGGCGCUUUCCAUUUUGUUGAACCUGUCUGGUGGCGAGUCGGAUACUCAAAGCUUCAGGGUGAGACACUGGAUUACCUUGGUAUCCCAGGGCUCCAUUUCGCUGGAAGUCAAGGAGUGAUUGUUAUAGCAAUCUGCCAAUUUCUUCUCAUGGUUGGGCCAGAAUACGCAAGAUACUGUGGUAUAGAGGCUCUUGAGCCAUUAGGAAUAUUCCUGCCAGGUGACAUUAAUUAUCCAGGUGGCGUGCUCUUCGAUCCGUUAAACCUUUCUGGAGAUCCAGCUGGUUUUCAAGAACUGAAGGUUAAAGAGAUUAAAAAUGGACGUCUUGCAAUGGUCGCGUGGCUAGGGUUUUAUGCUCAAGCAGCUUUGACUGGUAAGGGACCUGUGCAGAACCUUGUUGACCACAUUUCAGACCCUUUGCAUAAUAACAUAAUAUCAUUGUUUGGGUCUCUCUACAAGUAAACACAAAAAGUAAUGUCAUCCUGUUGGUGUGUAUAUAUUUGGUCACUGAUCUGUCUGUCACUAUGUUUAUAUUCAACUGUAAAGCAUAAUAUCAGUAAUAUUGUGGUUAUCACUUGGAACA